AUUGAUGCAAAAGAUGUAUUGGUAUCAGCACGUGCUAAAUUGAAUUACAACAAUAACAUAGAUACAAAUCAUACUGAAAUUUUAGAUCAAAGUCUUGUAACAUUGACUAAACGUAAAAUUGAGGCAGAAGAGUGUUCAACUCCUAACACCUAA